AAAAGUAUAAGCACAAUGGAGAUUGGAGAGAAGAUUUUCGCCGGUAUGGAAGAGCCGCAGUGGCUGGAGCAGAAAGUAAUGGGCGAACUGAAGCUCUGGCACAUUAUGUUCAUUUGUUUAGGCGUGGUGACAGUUUUGAUCGUGAUGGUGUGCUGCUGCUUCCGAUUCCGGAUCCCGCGCACCAAGCAGCAGAUCGAGGCAGACUACCAGCGCCGGAAGAUCACGGCCAAGUUCCGGCACCAGCUCGAGACCAUACAGGACAACAAGAUAGACGCCAUGUCGCUGUCUGACGCGUUGGAGUUACUUCACGAGAAGACAGAGAAAUCUAAACCUAUGGACAACAACGGGUCGCAGCAGAGCUCGGUCGUUUCGCCGCAGCAAAGUUCGCUGGACGCGGCAUUCCCGGAAGGUCAGCCGCAAAAGCCCGAGCCGCAGGUGGCGGGGCUGAGCUUCGUCAAGUUCGCCACCAAGGUCAGCCACCUCGCCAAGCUGGGCGGCAAGACGCCCGACCCGCCCGCACCCAGCAAGAUGGACUUUUAAAUUGACCUUAUGACCUGUGGGCUCAUUGCAUGAAGCUAUGUCACUUUCUAAUACAUGUUGAAAAGAGACUUGUAACAUAUAGCUUUGUGAAAUGAGCCACUGUAAUAUUAGGUAUAGUCACCGGCAUAAAUAAGUGAUGAUUUCUGUACCUUGUCGCUUUUAAUCAUUUGACAUUUCAAACACGACGUUAAAGUGAGAAAGUACAGAAAUCAUCACUUUUUUAUGCCGGUGACUGUAGGUACAUUACACAUUAAAAGCCGCAAAAAUAUGUGACACGAUCUUAUAGUGCUAUAAGAAUGUGCCACAUAUUUUUGCGGACUGAAGAAUAACCAUACCUACAGGGGCAUCAAAGAUAUGUUUACCAUUUUGCAUCUUGCUCCUUUGUUAUAAGGCGAAGUAACAAGCAUAUUUGCUAAUAUGGGCACGCCUUUAUAUUUACAGAUACCCAUUUACAUACAAAUAUAGUUGUUGAUAAAUUAUAUACUUUAGUUUAUGCAUAAAUAUACUCUAAUCUUAUACCAGUGUGAUGAAAAUGUUUAUUGGAUAUGUCAUGUCAUGAGACUCAUGAGUCAUGAAGGAUUAGUAGAUAUAGUAUUAGGUGCUGUUGACGUAUGUAUUAGUAAACAUUCCCUGCAGCAUACUGACAACUCUGUUUACAAACAGAAUGCAUAUUUGUUAUAUCAAUGCUGAUUGAAGAAUGUGUUGUUGCUACUUUCGAAGUAAAUAAACAAACAUGUCUACUAUUUUUAUAUUUCCAUGUCUUGUAUAUUAAUGAAGAAUUUAUAAGUAUAAAUAUUCUUUAUUCUAAAAAUAUGUCCAAUUGUCAAGGUCAUUCAAUUUUAUUGUAAUAAAAACAUUAUGUAUUUAUGAUGAAUUUUCUGACGUAGAUAUUAGUAGUAGAUAUUAUUUGGGACCUAUUUAUAAUUAUAAUAGAUAAUUAGUAGUUUUAUUACAUAUCUGUAUGUUAACAUGUUAUUAUAACCAUAAUUAUCAAUCAUUGUGAUAGCCUGAUAGUGCACCUGGAAACGGUAGAAAUGAAAACAAUAAAUAAUUGCAGUAA